ACGUUGUUGUCUGGUGUGUCUGGUGCCCUAUUUGACUUUGCGGGAGGAGCUCGCGACCUCUACGACUUUGGAGACGAGAACGAGAACUGCGACAUAAUCAGUAGGAAAGCUGAGAAGACCAUCAACACAAUGCCGAUCACACUGGAGGAGGAGAUCUUCGGCCUGGCCGUGAAUCCCUUCACAAAGGCACCCGAGAUGGUGCGCCGCUACACGCUGAGCAACUCGAAUCGGAUGUCCAUUUCGGUGAUUCAACUGGGCGCCAUCAUCCAGAGCGUAAGAAUGCCGGAUGCCUACGAGAAGGUCGAUGACAUAUGCUUGGGAUUCGAUGACAUUGCCAGCUACGUGUCCACCAAAGCAGCCUACAUUGGUGGAACCCUGGGACGGGUCGCCAACCGAGUGGCAAACGGCGAAUACGUGGUCGGUGAGUCAAAGGUCCAGCUGAGCAAGAAUUUCCAGAACAAGUACCAGCUGCAUGGCGGCCUUGUGGGCUUCGACAGCGUCAUUUGGGAGGUGGUGCAGAAGUCGGAGGACGGCAUUGUCUUUCGUCAUGUCUCGGCGCAUGGCCACGAAGGCUAUCCGGGCACACUGACGUGCCUCAUCUCCUACUGGCUGGACAACGAGAAUCGCGUUGGCGUGCGAUUCGAGGCCACCACCGACAGACAAACCGCUGUUAAUAUCUCCAAUCAUGCGUACUACAACCUGGCCGGGCACGGCGCCGGGCCCAAGGGUCUGGCCGAGCAUACCGUGGAGAUAGCUGCCAGCAAGAUUGUGGAGACGGACGAUGAACAGAUACCCACUGGUCAGUUGGUCAACGUCGACGAUACGGUCUUUGACCUGCGGAUGCCCGUUCUGCUGGGCGAUCGUCUCAUGCAGUUCGACGGGAGCCUGAUCAAUGGCUACGACAACUGUUUUGUGGUCAAUGGCGGCAGUGUGCAGCCGAGCAUGAAUAUGGUGGCCAAGCUCGUUCACCCUCCCAGCUGUCGGGUAAUGGAGGUGUGGACCAACCAACCGGGGAUGCAGUUCUACACGGCCAACAAUCUGCCCGACGAGAAGAGCGGCGCUGUCCCCAUGAUUGGCAAGGACUGCACUCACUACGUCAAACACGGUUCGUUUUGCGUGGAAACCGAAAAGUUUCCCGACUCCAUGAAUCAUCCCGAGUUCCCCUCGAUAUUCCUCGAGCCCGGCGAGAAGUACGUGCAUGAGGUCAUGUACUGGUUCAAGGUGGAGGAGUCCUGGAAAUGCUGUUGCAACAACGCCUGAAAGAAUGUAGAACUCAAAAAUAAAGCUGGAAUAUUUCAUUAGGCUCUGCA